GGGACAGUUGGUGUUGGGGUCUGUCAUGUUCAGGUAGACCACACGUCUCCAACCUCCUGUACCUCCACAUUCAUAUGUGUGUGCAAGUUCAAGUAUAUAGUCAGCAGUCUUCUUCAGUUCCUUUGUAACAUUGGUCAGUACAUUUCGCUCCAGUUCAGAGUGUGCAGUCGUCACUGUCAUACUGAGACCAUCUUGUUUGGAGUCCAGAGAGUCUAACUUGGAGUCAAUGGUCUCCUGGUUGGUCUCCAGUCCUGCUAGCUCUGAGGUUGUCUGGCUGCUGUGUUCUUGAAGUUCAGUCUUCACUCCUGACAGUCCUUCACUCAUACUAGUAUUGACUGAGAUCAGUAGAGACUUAACCAUAUUCAGUCGUCACUGUCAUACUGAGUUCAGCAGUCUUGUUCUUGUGUUCUUCAAUAUCUCCACUCAGAGAAUGAACUUUAGUUUCAAUUCUGCUAAGAUCUUCCUUCAUUUCAGUCUUAACAGCAGC